UUUGACGUUCUACGUUGCGCUUGCUCUGCCGGCCAUCUCCAUCCGCUUCCCCAGUCAUCACUUCUCCAACUUCAAAUACCCACCCCAUCUUCCCCGAGCCACCGCCAUCGCUGCCAUUCCACGGGACCGAUUCGAUAGCAGACGGAGUAGCCGCUGCCAUGGGAACCAAGGAGGCAGUGGAGAAUGAGCAGCAGCGGGGGAUCGUCGCCGUGAAUCCGAAGCCGAGGAAGGGCCUAGUCUCGAAGGCGGUGGAUUUGAUCGAGAGAGUCAUCGUCUACUUGAUGCACGACUCCUCGAAGCCCCUCCACUACCUCUCCGGCAACUUCGCCCCCGUCCGCGACGAGACUCCGCCCUGCUUCGACCUCCCCGUCCGCGGUUCCCUUCCGGAGUGCUUGAAUGGUGAAUUUGUUAGAGUUGGACCAAAUCCCAAGUUUGUUCCUGUGGCGGGAUAUCACUGGUUUGAUGGAGAUGGAAUGAUUCAUGGCAUGCACAUCAAGGAUGGAAAAGCAGCUUAUGUUUCACGCUAUGUUAAGACUUCACGACUGAAACAAGAAGAAUUUUUUGGUGGAGCAAAAUUUAUGAAGAUUGGAGAUCUCAAGGGACUUUUUGGACUGUUUAUGGUUCAAAUGCAACUUCUUCGAGCAAAAUUGAAAGUACUGGAUGCUUCAUAUGGAAUAGGAACAGGUAAUACGGCUCUUAUAUACCAUCAUGGUAAACUUUUGGCUUUGUCAGAAGCAGAUAAACCUUAUGUUGUUAAAGUUCUAGAAGAUGGAGAUUUGCAAACCCUUGGGAUGUUGGACUAUGACAAGAGGUUGACCCAUCCAUUCACUGCUCACCCAAAGGUUGACCCUUUCACUGAUGAAAUGUUUACCUUUGGAUAUUCACACACACCUCCCUAUUGUACUUAUCGAGUCAUUACUAAGGAUGGAGUUAUGCUUGAUCCAGUACCAAUAACGAUAUCUGACCCUGUCAUGAUGCAUGACUUUGCCAUCACUGAAAACUAUGCCAUCUUCAUGGACCUACCUUUGUUCUUCCGGCCAAAGGAAAUGGUGAAAGGAAAGUUAAUCUUCACUUUUGAUACCACAAAGAAAGCUCGCUUUGGAGUACUUCCACGAUAUGCAAAGGAUGAUCGUCAUAUUAGAUGGUUUGAGCUUCCAAAUUGCUUCAUAUUUCAUAAUGCAAAUGCUUGGGAGGAGGGUGAUGAGGUCAUUCUGAUCACUUGCCGUUUAGAGAAUCCAGAUUUGGACAUGGUCAAUGGAACCACAAAAGGCCAACUUGAAAAUUUCAGUAACGAACUAUACGAAAUGAGGUUCAAUAUGAAAAAUGGUGCUGCUUCACAAAAGCAACUAUCAGUCUCUGCUGUAGAUUUUCCUCGGAUUAAUGAGAGUUACACUGGAAGGAAACAACGAUAUGUCUAUGGCACUAUACUUGACAACAUUACAAAGGUAAAAGGCAUUAUCAAAUUUGAUCUGCAUGCGGAGCCAGAGACUGGUAAGAAAAAGCUUGAAGUAGGAGGAAAUGUGAAAGGCAUCUUUGAGUUGGGACCUGGUAGAUAUGGUUCAGAGGCAAUAUUUGUGCCUGGCCAAUCUGGCAUCACUUCAGAAGAGGAUGAUGGAUAUUUAAUAUUCUUUGUUAUGAUGAAAACAACCGGGAAAUCUGAAGUCAAUGUAAUUGAUGCGAAGACGAUGUCUGCUGAACCUGUGGCAGUCGUGGAGCUUCCAAAUAGAGUUCCAUAUGGAUUCCAUGCCUUCUUUGUGAGAGAGGAACAACUCCAGAGACAAGUAGCAGCGUGAGUGAUGCUGAUUCUCUGCAUUGCAGAACCCUUUGCCAGUAGAUUUUGAAAGAAAUUAGAUGCAUUGCAGAUAAGAUCCCAGGAUCUACUAGCUACAAGUGUAUUCUGGGCAUGCUCUACUUUUGAAUACCGUUGCUCUUUGCCAGAACAGUUAGUUAAUCUGUGUAUACAUGGAUCUCAUUUAAACUUGUAUUGUCAGUCUAUACAUACAAUUAUCAUGUGCUUUCCUAGGAAAGCAAUGCUAUGUGCUUUCGCUUGUGAGCA